UCGCAAGGUGCUUGUUUCAGUCUGCGAUGGUCUGAUACGCUUGGGAGUUUUGUAAUCUGCUAGUGUCCAUUUGUGCAGAUUUUGACACUUAAAUGCCCUUACAUUUUCUUCCUGCUUCUGUAAAACUAAUUUGAUCAUCAUAAUGAAGGAAAAAACCUCUUGUUUUAAACCAAUCUUGAUACCUUUUCAGAUUUUUUUUCUUGUGUGUGGGUCUUUUUCUCUACCACACUAGAGGUUUCAGGCUGCAGAUGGUGUAAAUUUUAAAUCAUGCAGACUAAAUCUGCCUUCAAGCGCAUUGGGAGUGGUAGAUUAUCUAAAAAGUGUUGCAAGGUGACUUUCAGACAUUGUAUUUUAACAUCUGUCACAUUUAACUAGUUUGUUACUGUGAUAUUUAUAAUCAUAAGGAUACAUCAGAAAUUCAAGCUUGGGGGGUGGUUUUCUGUUUUGGUCAUCUCGCUCUGCUGAAAACUUCUGUGGAAAUAAUUCUUGUUUGUGUUAGGAAAAAUAAACACCUCAAAUUUUAAGGUUGGACUUAGUUUUUCUCAUUUUCUCUAUUGCAACCUUAAUCUUCCUUUAUCCCUUGGUGUCCCUUAAGCAAUGGUACCUGCUCACCAGACCUGAGUCUCCAGAAGUGGUGCAAUUUGUACGGAAAGGAAUUAAGUGAUUUGUAAUUUUCUUAAUGUAGAAUAACACAAUAUCUAGACUUUCUUAAUAUACAGUAAGAUUCACAUCCUUUCUUCCUGAAGAGUUUUGGGAUUGACCAACAUGAAGAAUUCUGCUUUUCUGACAUAGCAGUCUUUUUUCCUUUACAUUGUUCAGUUGACAGAUUUAUUUGUUGGAGUGGCUGAAAUUAAUUCCAGGAGUUCUGUGCACUUUUUCGAUGAAAUCAAGGCUUAAACAUGUGAAUUCCAUUACAGGGUAUGGUUGGAGAAGCAGAAUUACGUAUCCAUAAAUUUCUUUUAAGCAAUCACAGAAGACCUUUUGAAUUAAAAGAAAGCAAAUUAAAGUUAUUACUUUACUUGUACUUGUUUGUUGAAGUGGUGAUUGAUAUUCCUCAAGAGGUUUUAAAGGAUGGCAUUUUUAUAGAACUCCUCUGCAGUUUAUUUAGCAGCUGGAUCUGCCAUCUGCCUGCCUUUGCGUACAUGAGGCUCAUAUUUGCUAUCGAUCAUAUUGUUACAGGACCAGUUGAAAGAUGGAUGACGAUGACUUUGGGGGAUUUGAGGCAGCAGAGAGUUAUGAGUUUGGAAAUGGUGAAAAGCAGACUACAUCCCCUGCUAUUGCUUGGGCAGCUUUUCCUACAGUAUCUGAAGUCCAUAUAUCUCCUGAUGUUCUCCUGGAGCGCUCUGUGCCUUCUUCCUGCCUGGUUCCUUCUGACUCAUUCAGUUUAUCGAGUGAUAACGUGGCAACAGCUAUUCAAACAGCCAACAACAUUAUAAAGCCAGCUGGUCUCGAAGAACAGAUUCAAGCAGAUAUUCCAGUUGCCUCUUUGAAUGUAGUUGAAGACAAGACUUUGGUUACAUCACCCAUUGCUUUGGUUGACGCUGAGACACAGAGAACAAAUGAACCAAAGAGCUACCUUCAACAAGCUGUUGCAAACCUAGAAGUCAAGCUUUGCACUGCUGAAGAAGAAAAACUAAAAAUUAAAAAGGAAUUAGAAUAUUUACUGGAAAAACAUAGUAUUCUAGAAAUGGAUUUCUUGAAGGAAAAAAAGGAAAAAGUAAUUUCGCAUCAAGAUCAUUACAAGACACUCCAGGAGAAGCAUAAGCAGGAGUUAGAAGACAUGAGAAAAGCUGGACAUGAAGCCUUGGGUAUUAUUGUUGAAGAAUUCAAGGCACUGCUACAAUCUACAGUUCAACAGCAAGAAGCAGCUAUUGAAAAACAAUAUAUAAUAGCAAUUGAAAAACAUUCUCACAAAUGUGAAGAACUCCUUAAUGCUCAGCAUCAGCGACUUCUUGACAUUUUGGAAGCAGAGAAGGAAGUGUUGUCAGAAAAGAUAGAAGAAGCUUUGAUGCAGCAGUCACAAAAACACAAGGAAGUGCUCGACAAGUGUUUGGAUGAAGAAAGACAAAGAAGUAAGGAGGCUGUGGCAGCUGCUGCAAAGGCUGAAAAAGAAGUUGUGCAGGAGGCUGUUCUGAAAGCAGUAGAGGAGGAGAGGAGAAAUAUGGAGAAGAUACAUGCAGAAGAAAGAAAAAUGUGGGAGGCGGAAUGUGACAGACAUAAAGAGAAGAUUGCCCAGGCUGUUUGGGAAGCCAUGCAAGAGCAAAGAAAGCAUAAUCAAGAAAUUGUCAAGGAAGCAUUGAUGGAGGAGCAAAAACGAAGUGAAAAGGCAAUCGAAGAAGCAGUAAAAAGGACAAGAGAGGAACUGAUGGAAUAUAUUAAAGAGCAGAAAAGGCUUGAUCAAGUCGUCCGUCAGAGGAAUCUGCAUAGUUUGGAACUUUUCCUCUCGUGUGCACAGAAACAGUUGAGCGUUUUAUUAAAGGAAGAGCCAACCACUACAGAGGAAAACGGGGACUGACAUUCUCAGUACCACUGAUAGUGUGAUUUGUGAAGCUGCAGAUCUCAAUCCAGCAAAUGAGAAAUAAAUUUCAAAUCUUUUGGGAUUGUAUCACUGAUUCGAGAUUGAUCUGAAACUAUAUCUGAUAGAAGUAUUUGUGGGUGAUGUUCUUUUAUUUAUUUAUUUAUUUAUUUCACUACUAUUGUCAGAUUGCAAAUAUGGGAGGGAAAAAAAAUCCCUGGAAAAAAUUGGUUUUAUUUAUGAUUUUUCUUUCAUUCUAUUUUCUAGUAGCCCAUGAUUGAAGUGUUAGAUAACUGCAACAGUGAUGAGAAAAAAUUUCCUGUUAUGUCUGUUUUAAAUUUGGCAUCUUGUGUUGAUGGAAUUUAUCUGGAUUUUUGAAAUUUU